AUGGCUACUUCUCUGAGCACCACGAACAGCGCUCCUCACAGCCGCCGUGCCAGCCGCAUCAGUCGCAGCCGGCCCAACAGCCGUCCGCACAGUCGUCGCCAGUCGGUCAUCACCAAAACCACCACCGACGACGGCGCGCGGUCCCUCAUCCAGGAUGAGACUCGUCGCACAGACAAUCUGAAGGACCGCUUUAUUGGUGCCAUUGACCAGGGCACCACCAGCACCAGGUUCAUUGUCUUUGACGGCACUGGUCUUCCCAUUGCCUCGUACCAGUCUGAAUUCCGCCAGAUUCACGAGCACUCAGGAUGGCACGAGCACGACCCCAAAGAACUUGUUGCCUCGGUCGAGAAGUGCAUUGAUGAAACCAUGAAGACCUUCCUAGCCCUCGGCCACUCGAGAUCCGAUAUUUCAACCAUCGGCAUCACCAACCAGCGUGAAACCGCUGUCGUGUGGGACUGGGAAACCGGGGAGCCCCUCCACAACGCCAUCGCCUGGCCCGAUACCCGUACCAAAGGCAUGGUACGAGAGCUGAGGAACAAGGAGGGCGCUGACGGCCUCGACAAGAUCUGCGGUCUGCCCCUGUCCACCUAUCCGUCAUCUGUCACCCUCAUGUGGCUGCUCCGACACCGCCCCGAGGUCAAGAAAGCCUACGACGAGGGCCGCCUCGCUUUCGGCACCGUGGACUCGUGGCUGCUGUAUAAUCUCAACGGAGGCGUCAAGAACAAGGUCUUCGUCACCGACGUCACCAAUGCCUCCCGUACCAUGUUCAUGAACUUGCAUGACCUCAAGUACGACGACAAACUAUUGGAAUUCUUCGGCUUGGACCAGACCAAGAUCAGGCUCCCCAAGAUUGUCCCGUCAGCCGACCCCAAAGAGUUUGGAAAGUUAUACCGCGGUCCUUUGGCGGGGACCACCAUCACUAGCUGUCUCGGAGAUCAGUCUGCUGCCCUCGUGGGCCACUGUGCCUUUGAGCCCGGCCAUGCCAAGAACACCUACGGAACCGGUUGCUUUUUGCUUUACAAUGUCGGAGAGAAGCCAGUCAUUUCACAGCACGGACUGCUCGCCACGGUGGCCUACCAGCUGGGAACCGAUAGGAAACCAGUGUACGCGCUCGAAGGCAGUAUUGCCGUGGCUGGAAGUGGUGUCUCCUUCCUGAUGAACAACAUGGGUUUUUUCCGAGAUUCGAAAAAGGUCAGCGAGGUCGCCGAAACUGUGCCAGACAACGGCGGUUGCGUUUUCGUCACUGCCUUCAGUGGUCUUUUCGCACCAUACUGGAUUGAUGACGCCAAGGGAACAAUCUUUGGUAUCACCCAGCACACACAAAGGGGCCAUAUUGCCCGCGCCACAUUGGAAGCCGCUUGCUUCCAAACCAAGGCGAUUUUGGAUGCAAUGGCCAAGGAUAGUGGGCACAAGCUGGCCGAUCUUGCCGUGGACGGUGGAAUGAGUAAUUCGGACAUUUGCAUGCAGUCUCAAGCCGAUAUCAUUCAGAUCCCGCUAGAGCGCCCAUCGAUGCACGAGACCACGGCUCUUGGAGCUGCUAUUGCUGCUGGAUUCGCCAGCGGAAUUUGGUCGACAUAUGAGGAACUGCGACACAUGAACCGGGCCAACCGGGCCGUGUUCCGGCCGUACUUGGACGUCCAGGAGAGCUCUUUGAUGUACAAGCAAUGGACCAAGGCAGUGGAAAUGUGUCGCGGCUGGUUGGAUGCGAGUGAAAUCGGAAUGGAGGAAGAUGAUGAAGAUGAUGAAGACGAAGAAGAAAGCGAAGACGAAGACGAAGAAGUUGGACGCGUCGGCGGACCUUCUAUCGUUCUUUCGCCGGCUGAGCAAAGCUCAGUCUCGCGUGCUGUUUCCGAUAUGGCGAUUAUCGAGGACAGCGACGAUGAAGUUGCUAUCAGCUCGGGUUCCGAGUGA